AGUUUAUGAGUGUCACCUCUCGGGGCUCCACACUUGGAGCGCUGGUGUUAAAGCUCAUCACAAAAAAAGCAAGCGACUCCAACAUCCGGUGACAUGGCAGAGUCACACUUUCUGCUCCUUUAUCUUCUCUGCAGCCUGUUUGUGUACCAGUGUCAUGGGGCCUGUGCCGAGGUGGACUCUGACACAGAGGCGGUGGCCGGCAAGGGAUUCAAACUGGGCUGCAUCUCCUGCAAGAGAAGGAGUGAAGUGGACGGCGCCGCCACCGUCCAGUGGUACUUCAGGCCCAAAGGAGAAGCUGAUUUUGUUCAUAUCUACACCUACAACGAGGACGGCCCCACCAUAGUGGAUGAGCACUUCAUGGACCGCGUGGACUGGAACGGGAGCAAGAGGAGCAACGACAUCCAAGACGGGUCCAUCUACGUGCUCAACGUCACCCUGAACGACACGGGCACCUACCGCUGCUUCUUCCACCGCAUCCUGUUCUACGCCAACUACGAGUACAGCACCGUCGUCAGCAAGGUGGUCCACCUCACCGUGGUGAGGAAAGCCACCAGAGGAACGGCUUCCAUCGUGUCCGAGGUCAUGAUGUACGUGUCCAUCAUCGGCCUUCAGGUCUGGCUGCUCAUAGAGAUGAUUUACUGCUACAGGAAAAUAUCAGCAGCCGGCGAGGAAGCGUUACGAGAAGCUGCAAAUGCUGAAUAUUUAGCAAUAGCCUCAGAAAGUAAAGACAACUGCGCAGGAGUGCAGGUCGGAGAAUAGCACAGGCUUCUCCCGUGGACAGCAGACAUCCUUCCACCCUCUGACCUGCAUGUAGACAACUAGGAGGAAAAACUCCUCUGUAUCUGAAGUCUCUGUAUUACCUUUUCCUCGACAACAACUGGAUGUGACAAACAAAGAGAGCAUGGUACCAGCACUGUAUAUAGUACUCUGCGCGUAACAGCAUGUCUUGCACUUACAUGAGAACCCAUUAUGCAUAAUGAGCCACAUUAUCAGAAGCAUAUACUGUACAUACAGUAUUUCUUUAAGUGUAUGUAGUCACAUUAAUAAUAAUAAACUAAGCAGUACUAUGGCGGACUCCAUGAGGCUGAUUGUAAAAGAAAGCUUUUUACUACAUCACCACCACCUAAUGUAUAAAUCAUGACACACAACACACGUACGGUAACGUUCUUUAUAAAACAGGAUGUAAUGGAGUAUGAUAGACUUUCUUUCCAGUUGCUAGUUGUACAUUAAACACAAUCUUAAGAUGUACGAAUAAAAAAUGAAAACAGUA